GUAGUUAGAGGUCAGACUAUAUACGGGUUAAACGCCAGUAUUGACCAGUUUUUGGGCAUACCUUACGCCGAACCUCCCAUCGGUCGACUCCGGUUCGCCAAACCUGUGCCCAUCGCUACACUACUUCAGGACAUUAUCGACGGCAGUAAAACAAAGUACGCCUGCAUUCAACCCAUUAAUGCAGACUACGAGCGGAAAUACGGAAAUGUAACACAAAGUGAGGACUGUCUGGUGCUGAACAUAUGGUCACCCUAUCGGCCACAUAAUAACACUCAAUUGGCACUUAAACCAGUCAUGUUUUGGAUCCACGGCGGGUCACUGACCGUAGGGUCUGUUUACCAGCGCACGGCUCACUAUAUGUGGUUCAACGGUGCGGUACUGGCGGCCAAUGGGGUAGUAGUGGUGACCGUUAACUACCGAUUGGGUCCGUUUGGGUUUACCUAUGGAGGUGCGGAUGAGACAGCGCCGGGAAAUGCAGGUUUUUAUGAUCAGUUAUUGGCACUCAAAUGGGUUAGGGAAAACAUACACCUGUUUGGUGGGGACAAAAACCUGGUUACUCUAUUUGGUCACAACGCCGGCAGUUGGUCCGUAUCGGCGCACAUACUCUCCCCGCUAUCGCGGGGUCUUUUCCGGAGGGCUAUUAUGCAAAGCGGAGCACUUUUAUGGGACAAACGGCGGGGUAUUGUCAACAAACUGGAGGCCCUGUCGGCCGCCAAACAAAUGGCCACUGAAUUGAAUUGUACUUCCGAUGACAACGACGAGUGGUUACAAUGUCUUAGAGGUGUCGGCGCCAAUCAGCUCCGGGAUGUAACUAAAGGGCAUAUAUUUCCCAUACAAGAAGGUACAGAGUUUUUGCCUCAACUGGCCACAAAUGCUUUUAAUGAAGGCCAUUUUAAUCCAGAUGUAGAUAUAAUAGCCGGUGUCGCGCGCCGCGACGGCUCCAACCUAGCCAACGAUUCCAUACCAUACCUGUCCGGAAAUAUAACCAUGGACAUUUUCACACUACUCGUACAGGGAGUGGGGGCUGUAUUUCACGACAUAAACGUCACAGCAGUUUGUGAUUACUAUCUGUCAAUUUAA